CCUUGACAAGUGCUUUCGGUAUAAUUUCAGAUUCAAUAUGGUUUGAAAUAUGAGCCCCCUUAAGUGCGGAUGGUGUGAAGUAUUAGUAUAAUAUUUUCGGACGUUGCAAUUUCGAUGGGGAAACUCAAUUGACUACCCCAAAAAAUCCACCCUCGAAGUCGGACAAAAUACUUGCGGCAUCUUUAUGGAAUGACGAAACAAUUUUCCAUAUAAAACAUCUCCUUUGAUGUCGCAGGGAAGCUCCACAAAAUACUAAAACCUGCCAGUAAUUGAUAUACGGAAAAACAACAUAAAUCCGUGAGAUAACAAAAAGGCGACAUUAAUUUUUAAAAUGCAUGAGAACCGUCACACGGGGCGACGGAACUGAAGGGGCGGUUAAGACUUAAUCCCAAAAAGAGCCACGCACUUUUACCGGAUGACAAUCUUGGAUCUCCCCCCGACCAAAGUAACUGCACCGGAUCUCUGUGAAUGGAGAGCGGAAUUGUGUCUUUGCGAAAGCAGAUUUUCGAUUUAUUGAAGUGAAUUGAGGGGGCAUUGUGCACAUAAAGUGUUGCAUUCUUUUUACACUUUGUCACACUUUGACUUUCUUAUCAAUGUGAAAUAAACCGACAGAAAAUUUUUAAAUAAAUGUUGAUAACAUUAUUGACGUUGUCAAAAUUGAUAAAUAUUAUACAGUUAAGAAAAUAUUAAAACUAUCAAUGAGAAAAUAAUGGAUACCGUUACUUUGGUCUUUGUGAUUUUGUUAAUUCUUCUACUGGUUGCCUGUGCUUUUGGACUUGGCACAUUCUUAAUUGAACGUCGUGUUAAAAAAGAACUGAUGGAGUUAGGAUUUGACCUUGAAAAAGUAAAUAGUGAUCAAGAAGAAAUUAAAAUGAGGAAACUCCGACCUAAGAAAACAAAAGAAUCAUUUGAUAAUAAUGAUGAUCAACGUGGUAGUUAUUAUAGUUUAUAUGAAAAGGUAGCAUCACCAACUUCUAAACUACCUAAAAAUCAACAUUCAGAAGGUGAUUAUGUUGACCCACUUAGUUUUUCACAUAUUUAUGAAGAUACCACUUCUUUAGAGGCCCCUCGUCAAGGAUUACAACGGAAUAUUAAAAAGAAAAAAUGAAAUAUAUAGAAUAA